AUGGAUGAGGAGAAGCGUCAGUGCGUAAAUACCAAGCAAGGCUUACAUCACAUCACCGACGACAACGGGUACACGUGCGACUGGUUCGACGUGUUCCCUCCAACCGGGUGUUGCCCACCGGAGAAAGCGAUCGAGAAACGCUACGGGUGUUCCGCGUGCGACCUCGCCAAAGGCGGCGAAACCGAGAAGUGCUGCGGAACGUACGAGUCGUGCGUGUCGUGUUGCCAAAACGCGAAAGUCUCCACCGCGGAAACCGAUCGAACGCGAGAACCGAUUGGACGCAUGCAGCCGCAGACUGGGUAUUUUUCGGACGCGUUUUCGCACUGCAAGAGCAAGUGCCGGACGCAACCGACGGUGACCGUGCACGAAUCUACGUACGGGUACGAGAAGAGGUUUUGUUUCGGGACGUUUCCGAGGGAUAAAGAUCCGACGCCGCCGAGAGGGUUCAAGCCGAAGUAG